AUGUCUGCUGCCGUACGCAGUCUUCACUGCUCUUACUUUCUCCAUAUCAGUUCUGCAACUCUAAUCCAUUUUCCAAACUCCCUGCGCAAAAAUCUAGGGAUUUUCCAUCAGCCGGCUCGAGUUGCUUGCUUUCACAGCUUAUGUUCAUUCCCCAACGCUUCAGAACUAGAUUUUCUUGGUCAACUCUCGCCUAGCUCCAUUAAUGCUGCAAACGCAGUGAUUAAUUCAAAUGAGAGGCACAAACUUAGCGUUGCCAUUUUGAGGAUUAUCAAACAGGGAAAAGGUUAUAUUUUUAGGAAAAUUUCCAGCAAUUUCUGCCCAUUUAGCCUCGUGGAGAUCAUGAGGUCUCUCGGAAGCCACCAGCUUGCACUUGCGUUUUUCAGAUAUGUAUUCCGCGAUCAUUCGGAUUGUGCCGUUCAGCGCUGUUAUGUCGCCGUGCAUUUAUUAGUGUCCGGAGAAUAUAGGCUUUUAGCACAAGACGUGCUCACUUGGGUGAUUCAAGAAAUUGGAGCUGAAAGAAGCUACCAACUCGUGUGGCGAGAGAACUGUGAGCACGCGUUGGACUUUUUCAUUCUUGAUGCCCUAAUGCGUUCUUUUACUGAUGUAGGGAUGGCGUCGUGUGCCCUGGAGGUGUUGGGUAGGAUGAGAAAAAUAGGUGGUCGGCCGAGUGAAUCUGCACUUUGUGUUUUAGUAAAAGUGCUGCUUAGGCAUGGUGAUUGUGGUAGUGUGUGGAAAUUGUUCAGAGACAUGAUCUGUAAAGGACCCAUCCCAACAGUUUAUAUCUAUAACAUGAUGAUUCUUGGAUUUUGCCGGAGAGGGUCUGUGUGCAUUGGAGAAAGUCUAUUCUACGUGAUGAGAAAGUUUGGGUGUAAACCCAAUGUGUAUACAUACAAUAUUUUGAUAAAUGCGUAUUGUAUCAGGGGGUCGACUUGGGAUGCAAUGGAUUGGGUGGAUUUGAUGGUGGAAAGUGGCUGUUGUCCGAGUGCCGCUACAUUUAGUACCGUCAUCAAUGCUUUUUGCAAGGAGGGUAAUAUUAGAGAAGCCAGGAAUACCUGUGAUUGGAUGCAUGAAGUGGGGGUGGUGCCGAACACCAAAAUAUAUAAUGCUUUGAUGGAUGGCUAUGUUAAGGCUAGAGAGAUUGGCCUUGCAGGUAUGCUUUUCGAUGAAAUGAGGAUGAAAGGCGUUGCUCCCGAUAGUGUGACUUUCAACAUCUUAGCCGGGGGUUAUUACAAGUAUGGAAAGCAAGAGGAUGGAGAAAAUUUUGUAAGGAGCUUAUCAGUAAUGGGGUUGGUUCCUGACUGUCCGUUGUCAGAUAUGAAGAUCGGAGGACUAUGUUGGGCAGGGAGAUUGGAUGAAGCUUUGGCAUUAUUAAAGAACAUGCUUGAGAGAGGUAUUCCUCUUAGUGUAAUUGCACUUAACUCGUUAAUUGCUGCGUAUGGCAGAGCAGGGUUAGAGGACAAAGCUUUUGAAGUCUAUAACAUCAUGGUGAAUGCUGGCCUAGACCCAUCAGCUUCUACGUGCACUUCCCUUGUUUUGGGUUUAUCUAGAAAUGGAAGGAAUCAAGAGGCCCACACUCUCAUGUACCAGAUGAUAGAAAAGGGUUAUCCCGUUAGCAAAGUGGCUUUCACAGUGGUUUUAGAUGGAUAUUUCAAGAAAGGGGACAUAGCUGGGGCGCAGAGCCUGUGGGAAGGAAUGGAGAUGAUGGAGAUGGCCCCUGAUGCUGUCGCCUUUUCUGCUUUCAUCAAUGGCCUCUGUAAAGGGGGUUUUGUAGAGGAGGCGCAUGAUGUGUUCUUGAAAAUGACGAGCAAAGGGCUUGUCCCCAACAAUUUCACUUAUAACUCCUUAAUUUCCGGGUUUUGCAGCAAGGGAAAAAUGGACGAGGUACUGAAGCUAGAAAUGGAUAUGAGGGAGAGGGGCUUGCUUCUGGAUAUCAUCACCUUCAACAUUAUUAUAAAGGGGUUCUGUAGACAGGGCAAAAUGAAAUCGGCCAUGGACACGUAUUUCGAAAUGCACAAAAAUGGUUUGACCCCAGAUAUCAUCACGUACAACACUUUGAUCAGCGGGUACUGCAGGAAUUUCGACAUGUUGAACGCAGAGAAUAUGGCAAACACGUUGCAGUCGAGCGGCUGGGGCCUAGAUGUCACCACCUACAACAUAAAGAUUCAUGGCUACUCCAAAAGCCGGAGAAUGAAUCGGGCUGUUUUGAUGUUCAACGAGCUUAUUUCCUCCGGAAUAGUCCCGGAUACAGUUACCUACAACACUCUCAUUAAUGCCGUGUGUCAUGAUAUGCUUGAUCGUGCGAUGAUCUUGACUGGGAGACUGCUUAAGAUGGCUUUUGUCCCAGAUUUAGUUACGACUAACUUGUUGCUGUCUAAUUUACGCAAACAGGGGCUACCAUACAGGACCGCUAUGUGGGCUCAAAAGUUGAGGGAAAUUCCUUUCGAGUUUGACGAGAUAACGUAUAAGAUAUUGGACAAAACGUAUCAUGAUAUAGAAGAAGACGUGGGAUGUACGAAAGAAAUAACAGGGAAGAGUUUAUUCCUGGACUUCCUUAUGUACAUGACAUACGACUUUAUACGCAGGAAUAAGAUCCAGCGUGAAUAA